UAUGAAGAGAAAGGAGGAGGGCUGGCUCAGGGGGAGUUGGCUGUGGUUCCCCUUCUUUCUGUGUGUCUCUGUCUCUCCAAGGCAGACCCCAUCUCCAUCCCUCCCUUCCUCAAGAUGCAUCGCAGGGGGGUGGGUGCUGGAGCCAUUGCCAAAAAGAAGCUGGCAGAGGCAAAGUACAAGGAACGUGGGACAGUUUUGGCUGAAGAUCAGUUAGCCCAGAUGUCUAAGCAGCUGGACAUGUUUAAAACUAACCUGGAAGAAUUUGCCAGUAAACACAAACAAGAGAUCCGUAAAAAUCCCCAGUUCAGAGUCCAGUUCCAAGACAUGUGUGCAACGAUUGGUGUUGAUCCGCUGGCCUCUGGCAAAGGAUUCUGGUCUGAAAUGCUGGGAGUUGGAGAUUUUUAUUAUGAAUUAGGGGUUCAGAUUAUUGAAGUCUGUCUGGCUUUGAAGCACAGAAAUGGAGGGCUGAUAACACUGGAGGAACUCCACCAGCAAGUGCUUAAAGGAAGAGGGAAAUUUGCUCAAGACGUCAGCCAGGACGAUCUCAUCCGGGCGAUUAAGAAGCUGAAAGUUCUAGGAAAUGGCUUUGGGAUCCUUCCUGUUGGUGGAACAUAUCUGAUCCAAUCUGUGCCAGCCGAACUGAACAUGGAUCACACUGUCGUGAUACAGCUUGCUGAGAAAAAGGGGUAUGUGACGGUCAGUGAAAUCAAGUCAAGUUUAAAGUGGGAGACAGAGCGAGCCAAGCAGGUGCUGGAGUCCAAGGAGAACAUUUCUAUCCAGGCAUUGAGGAUCACCUACUGAAAGAAGGUAUGGCCUGGCUUGAUACCCAGGCUCCAUCAGAACCACAGUACUGGUUGCCUGCCCUCUUCACAGAGCUUUAUUCUCAAGAAAUCACUCCAGAAGAAGCAAAGGAAGCCUUACCUUGACAGCUGAGGAGGAGAUGGGGUGAACUGAAAAUUUUCCAUUAAAUGGAUAAGCACCUGAUGUUAGUGACAUAAAACUGAGUGGUAUUGAAUCCCUUUGAAUUUUUGUUCAAUGUCUUUAUAAAAAGUGUCUGCAUAAUUAAACUCUGCAGGCAGAUUGGACAUUGAA